GUUAGUUUCCAUCCAGGUUCCUGAGCGUCGCCGAGGCUUCAUCCCUGCGUGUGGGACGGAUCUGCAGGAUUCAUCUGCAGCACUUGUUCGGUGCUGCCACAUUUGUUGCUCACCACCACCACCACCACCGGCACCACCACCUCCACCACCGACGGCACCAGCUGAAAGGGGAACAUCUCACCAUUCCACCGUCAGCCGCCACAGUCCCGUUCUCUGCUGCUGCGGCUCUGGAUGCUGGACUUGAACGCAGGGGGAUUAUACUCGUGUUGCUUUCCAUCUGCCGCCCGGUGCACAGCGGACACGAGCACUUCUUCUCUCUGAGGGAUGUAUUGCAGCGGGUUGAAGUGUGCGCUCUGAGCGGGGAGAAUAUUAACACACUGUCUGCUGAGUGAACUGCUGCCGUGCGCCUUUCUGUGGCAGCUCAGUCUCCUGGAGAUGCUCUGAUCGGGCUUUGUGUUCAGUGCGCAUCGACACUGGAUCGGGAUAUAAAGUGACGACAUCGCCGAGCUCAGUAUUUUCUGGAGCACUUGAUCCCGGUGUUUAUUCUUUUUUAAAUAGAGAUUUGGUUAUUUUGAGACGGAUUUUGCACCAACCGCAGGCACGCAGGCACGCAGGCUCACCAUGGGGGAUUCGAUGUGGAUUUAUUAUUUUGGAGUUUUGUUUAUUGCCUUCAAAGUGGACUUGUGCCGGGCGCUCAUCCUGGAGUCCAUCUACUGGAACACAACAAAUACCAAAUUUGUGCCAGGCCAAGGGGUGGUAUUGUACCCCCAGAUUGGGGAUAAGUUGGACAUUGUGUGCCCCCGCGUGGACGGUGGGGUGAGGGAUGGAGUGGAGUACUACAAGGUGUACAUGGUCUCCAGGGAGCAGCUGGAGAGCUGCACCAUCACCAAGGCUGAAACUCCACUCCUCAACUGUGUCAAGCCUGACCAGGAUGUAAAGUUCACCCUCAAGUUCCAGGAGUUCAGCCCCAAUUUGUGGGGCCUAGAGUUCUUCAGGGGGAAAGACUACUACAUCAUCUCUACUUCUAACGGCACCAUGGAGGGAAUUGAAAACCAGGAGGGAGGAGUGUGCAAAACCAAGUCCAUGAAAAUAAUCAUGAAAGUGGGACAAAAUCCCACUGAUCCUAUUUCACCCAAAGACAACCCCACCAGAGUACCCUACUCUCCAAAUUACUCAGAUGGCAAGGACACCUACAACCCUAAUGAAGUUCUGGAAAAGACAGAUGUAGCAUCCAGAGAAAGCAAUGACAACAACAAUGGUGGAAAGUCCUCCAGCAUCAUUGGCUCAGAUGUGGCCAUCUUCGUUGGCAUCGCCUCGGGCAGCGUCAUUUUCAUCAUCAUCAUCAUUAUGCUGGUCCUGCUACUGCUCAAGUACCGGCGGCGGCACCGUAAGCACUCGCCGCAGCAUGCCGCCACGCUGUCUCUAAGCACCCUGGCCACGCCCAAACGGAGUGGAGGCGGCGGGAACAAUAACGGCUCAGAGCCCAGUGAUAUCAUCAUCCCGCUCAGGACUGCUGACAGCGUCUUCUGCCCGCACUACGAGAAGGUCAGCGGCGAUUACGGCCAUCCGGUCUACAUAGUUCAGGAGAUGCCGCCUCAGAGCCCGGCUAACAUCUAUUACAAAGUCUGAGAUGGGACUAUUAAAAGCAGAGACAAACUGGAACAAUCCCUAGGCAGAGCAGGUCCUUGGUUUUGGCUGGCAAUGCCUGCACACCCGCAAACACACUCUGUUUCUGUCUCUCUGUCUCUCUCACACUGUCAGCUCCUCCUCCUCUUCUCUGUAGUUUUGUCACUUUUUUUUCUUUCUAAAAGUUUUGCUGAUACCUUGCUGUCAGAUUUCAUCACAGUUGGGGCAGAUGGGUUGAGUCGAAGGCCAGAGAGAAACCUGCCGCUGUUAAUGCUGCUGCUCUCUGGGGGUUUGUUGCUCACUGUUUUGGGGAACAGAGUGUUGUGUGAUCAGAAAGUUAGACAGGUGUACAGCGUGUUUUUUUCGGGGGGAUUGGACAAACAGUUGAAUGGAUGUGAAGGUUUCUUGAAAAGAAAGGAGGAGGAAUUUUUGAACUCACCUUAUGAGAGACUACUACUUAGAAAAAGAGUGAAAGAGACAAAAAAUGAGUGAGGAGGAGAGGUAAAGACAGAUUUGGGUUAAUCCUGAACUCACAAAGUGGCUGCCCUCGCUUGAUGCUCUCGAGUCAGAGAGACUGUGUGGACUCUGCUGCCUGAUGAGGAAAAAGGAGAGAGAUUCUCACAACAAUCCUCUCUGGGAAUUUCCUGACAGACUCUCUGAGAUCAUCCAUUCACCCUGCCACCCACAUGCUCACCAUCACAUGUGCACACAUUCACCCACACGCGCAGACACACUGUCUCACCAGUCGAUGUGAACUGUUUGGGUUUGAGUGUGGAUUUGCAGAAUUUCUCCUCAUUCCCAGGUAUCAGAUUUUCAGCAGAUCACUUACUGUACUGUGCUUUGUUAAAAAACUUGUGAUGUUACUUGAAGGUUUUAAGGACAAAAAAACUGUUUCCUUUUUUGUACUGUCAACAAUAUUGUUUUUGGUUUUCAUGUGUGGUUUCCUUUUCCUUUAGUAACAAGUUACCAUAACGUGGCUAGGAGUGAAGAUUUCUCUAAGUUUUGAACCCUACUCCCUGAGAGGACGCAAAGAGUGUCAAGUCUGUCAGACGGCUCCUGAGAAGAGUGGAGGACUUUCAUAAACAUAGAGCAGCACUUUUAAUCCCAUUUCGGUACCUCCACUCUUCACAGUGGUCCACAGAGAGACACAGUUAUAGCUAGAGAUGGGAGAGCAGCUGUAUCCUGACAGGUUUCGUAGCAAGAGCUUGCCUCAACUUCUCUGGAACCUGAGCUUUUCAAAUGGAAAAGUGUUAUGGGCAAUAAAGAAAUCUAUUUCGCCUUACUGCCAUUGGUUUGCAUCAGGUGAAAAAGAGGCCUGAGAUCUAGUUGAGGUUAGCAUAGCUGGCUGAAACAGCUCUAGGUACUGUAAUGUUUACCCCUCGGUGUCCAUUGAUGUUUAAGGUUGCCCAAAAUAAGUGUGACUGGUGCUCUCUUAUUGUCAUUAAAACAAAGCACAGGGACAUCUACUUACAUUUUCACUGUUCUGGAAUAUCCAUUAGCAUUUCCAUAUUGUGAGUUUUUAAUUAACUUCUUUUUUGUUAAAAUAGAUGGACAUUUAAAAAAGGACAUUACAAAGAUGAAAAAUAAAAAAAACUGAAUUUAUUUAUGAUAGACACAUUGAGCACAGGUGUUAUCAGGCGGUAUGGAGAGGAAGAAGUACUGUUAAUAUAUUAUGGUAUAAGUGCACAUUAUGCAAUCUAGGUUUUUGAUUAUUUGAUAUCUCUCGACCCUCUGAGUCCUGUGUUUUCAUGAGCUCUCAUUCAUAAUCACAGGCCUUGGUCCUGGGAGGAAGGAUCAGGGGAGGGCCGCCUGGGACCUGGCCCCGGGGGAGGAGAGUUAUCUGACCCAGGAUAGCUCACAUUGAUGUACACAAGGGCAGAGUAGCUGUUUCUCCCACACUCAUCUGUGUAGCAUCUUCCAAAGGAUAAUUCCACAAACACCCAGUGCACCCAGUUCUCCUCAUACGCACCUUUCAUGUUUUCUUUGCAUGUGUGUGUGUGUGCGUGUGUUGAGCAUGUCUAUAUUUCAGUGACUUCACAUCCAUGAAUAUCUUUGACUUAAGAUCAUAAAAGUGACUUAGCAUAUAUCAGGCCAUCAUUAACAUUGUCAUUGUUCAUAAAAAGCAUCAAAUUUCACCGAAAAGCCAAGCCUUGUAUGAUCUGAAGUUUGUGCCUCUAAGAGGCUACAAAAUCUGCAAAUAUGCAAUUCCUAUUUAUUUUUCUAAUCAAUUAAGAGAAAAAAAACACCUAUGGAAAGUGUUCUUAACCACUGAAAGAUGUAACAACAAACAAAUGACACAAAACUAGCAAAGUAUUUCUCAAGCCUGCUGUUAGUUUUUAUUUCCUGCAUUAUUUUUAGUAUUAUUUGAUCCUUUUUCUGUUUGAACCAUGUGCCGUAGUACAAAGGUAAACUGUGAAAAAUGAAACCAUUAAAACAUUUAUGUGUAUAUCACACCUGAACAGCUUUUAAGAAAAGGGUGAAGAGACAAACUUACACAACAAAGAAAUAGCUGUUUAGUUGCUGUCUGUCUGCAGCAGAAUAUGACAAUCUUAUUAGUUUCUUUGAAUCUGACGUCCUUUUCUUAGCAGCCACUCAACUAAUGCUCUCCCAACAUUGACCAGGAUUGGUUCAACCUGUUAUGAAUUGUCAAUAGCAAUUCUGUGAGAGUCUUAGCACACGGGCUAGGAGAAGCACCUCAGGCUACUGUAAAUGCCUUGCUCGUAUGGUCAGCCCUUGGUCACUUGACUCAGUAAUUUUGCACCGUACUUCUGUAGGUAAGAAACUGUAAAUACAUUAAUGUUUGUAUUGUAUAUGGAUCCUGGGUUGUUACAAUAGCCUUAUUCACCUUUUUAGGAAAGUAAAUGGGAAAAGAAAGAACAGAAAAAAACAGAAUACACUUCAGUAAAACAGAGCAUACUACUUUUUUGGUAAAUAGCUUAUGUAAAUAUCGACCACAACCCAAUAAAAUCUUUUUAUAAACUCUUAAAGUAAGAUGUUUUGUAUAAAAUUUGAAUUUUUUGCUAUGUAUUUUAGCUAGCGUGCAUUCUAAAGCCCAUGUCCUCCCCACUCCCUCCCCUUUUGCACUGUUUCCAUGGAAAUUUGGUUUAAAAAAAGAGAGAAAAGUUGCCAAACCGACUGCUGCAUAUUUGUGCCAUAAGUGUGUACCAUAAAUAUUUAUUGAAUUAGUUUCUUUUUUCUUCUUUGUUCUGUUUAUGAUUUAAUUUCAGUCCAGUUUGUAAGUAACACAGUAUUAUAUUUGCAUUGUUUGUUCGUCUCCCCAUGGUUUUCUUUAGUCAUGUCAUGGUUGUUGGGUGGCUGUAGCCAUCUUCUUCACUCCCUUGCAGUAUGAGAUGGCCAGGCUGUGACAAAUGAUUUUAACAUUCAAAGAUCUGAAGCAAGUUCAAAGUGAGGAUAAAUGACACACAUUCCACCAGUCUGUUACAAACUGAAAAUGUUUUUCAAUAAAAUGUUUUUCCUAUG